AAACAUAGGUGCUGAAUUGCCAUAUUAGUGAUACGACCACAAAAUCGUACUUUCGAUUCUCGAGUGAGAGAGAGGAGUUGGUGGUAAACGUGUAGAACAGCAACAGCAACAGCAACAACCACUAUUCUAAUCUCUUAUUCUUCAUAAAGUAAAUCAGAUAAGCAAUUACAGACAAAGUCGCAAACCCUUUUCUCUCCCACCAACAAAAUUACAGGCAAGACGAAUUCGUGAUCAAAUCUUAUCUGGGAUUUUCGUUCUUCGCGCAAUUAAGGCUACUGUUGCUCUGAUUAAUUCAUAUUCUUAUCCGAUUCAGCUUUCUUGGAGCAAAAACUAUUCAAAACCGGACUUUGGAGCAAGUCAACCAUGAUUCGAUCCGUUUCACCAUACGGUUCCCGUAAGCUCUAUCUGUUAAAUUCCACCAAAGAAACCUCGGGAUUUGAUUCCGGAGUAAGUCAAAUCCUUUAUUCUUCAACACAAUCCUACAGCAACAAUACCUACAAUCCCACAAACUACUUUCUCGAUUCCCCAACUGACGAACAAGUUUCCAUAAACCCUUUAACAUCCUCCUACGAAUCAAACAUCGAUCCCGAAUACCCAUUAACCGAAAAUUUCGAAGAAUUAAGCUACAACGAAGACGAUAUAAGACUAAAACUAAAGCUUCAAGAACUCGAGCAUGCCCUUCUCGAUGAUAAUGACAAUUCUGCCCCUAACCGGAGUAUGGAAAUUGAAACCGAAUGGGGAUACUCCCUCCACGAAUCACCCAAAGAAUCAUCUUCUUACGAUUCGUAUGUUAGUAGCACCAGCAGUGCCAAAGAAAUGUUUGUGGCCCGGGCCCAGAGGGCCCAAGCCACCACUCCUAAAGAGUUGCUUUUCGAGUGUGCGAUUGCAGUCUCAGAAGGCAACCUGGAGGAGGCAUCAGAGAUGAUAAACGAGCUCCGCCAGACGGUUUCAAUCGACGGUGAACCGUCGCAGAGGAUCUCCGCCUACAUGGUGGAAGCUCUUGCCGCCCGUGUGGCGGUUUCCGGCAAAGGUCUAUACAAGGCUCUAAAAUGCAAAGAACCGCCUUCAACCGACCGGCUUUCAGCCAUGCAAGUGCUCUUCGAGGUCUGCCCGUGUUUCCGGUUCGGGUUCACGGCUGCAAACGGUGCGAUUCUCGAAGCAUUCAAUGGUGAAAAACAAGUCCAUAUAAUCGAUUUCGAUAUCAAUCAAGGUAGCCAAUACAUAACACUGUUACAAACACUCGCGGGUCAAAACCAGAAGCCCCGUUUAAGGCUAACCGGGGUCGACGACCCGGAGUCCGUCCAACGACCCAUCGGCGGUCUGAACCACAUCGGCCUCCGCCUCGAGAAACUCGCAGAGUCUCUCGAUUUGGAGUUCGAGUUCACUGCCGUGGCAGCUGACACGGCGGUGAUUUCGCCGGAGAUGCUAAAGUGCCGCUCCGGCGAAGCAGUGAUUGUCAACUUCGCGUUCCAGCUCCACCACAUGCCGGACGAAAGUGUGACUGUUGUGAACCAACGGGAUCAACUUUUAAGAAUGGUUAAAAGUUUGAACCCGAAGCUUGUAACGGUUGUUGAACAAGAUAUGAACACGAAUACAGCCCCGUUUUUGCAUCGGUUUCAUGAAGCGUAUAAUUACUAUUCUGCCAUGUUUGAUUGUCUUGACGCGACGCUUUCGAGAGAGAGUCAGGAAAGAGUGAAUGUUGAGAAACAGUGUUUGGCGAGAGAUAUUGUUAAUAUAAUUGCAUGUGAAGGUGAAGAGAGGAUUGAGAGGUAUGAAGUGUCGGGAAAGUGGAAGGCGAGGAUGAUGAUGGCGGGUUUUCGGGAGUACCCGAUUAGUGUGAGUGUGAAUGAUUCGAUUCGGGAGUUGAUAAAAAUGUAUAGUGAUAGGUAUAAGAUGAAAGUGGAGACGAAUGCGAUACAUUUUGGGUGGGAAGAUAAAGUAUUAAUUGUUGCUUCUGCUUGGAGGUAAGAUUUAGGAUGUGAGCAUCCAUACGUGACAGGUUCAUGUUGGCAUUGGAGCGAAGGUAAGUUUGUUUGAGGUUAAUUUUUUUUAACUGAUGUUUAUUGUUGUAAGUUAUUUUUCUUGUAUUAUGUACUUAUUGGAGCUAGUGAUAACUACUGAAAACUUAUUUGACUGUACUGAGAAUUUAUAUUUAUAUGCAUUGUUUGCAAGUCUUUUUCUAGUA